AUGACCUUUGGCAGAGUUACACUUACAUUCAUGGUGAGGCACACAAAGCUUCAACAGCCUGACAGGUGGCCACUACAGCCAUCGUACCUCAAUGGGGGACCUUGGCUUUCAUCUUUCGGACACAGUAUCACUGAGUUCGCUCGCGUUUGCUGGUGUAUAACUGGCCACGUGCCCAUUGGAGCGUACUACCGUCGCUUCAAGAUCAACAAGCCUCAUGGUUGCACUUGCGGGGCUGCUUUGCAGUCUUGCCAGCAUGUCCUCUGUCACUGUCACAAUCGCUACUCCGUGCAUUACCCCCACCUUCUUGGGGAUAUUGCAUCUUUUAUGAAGUACAACCCCACAGCGUUUGGCUUCAACCGGGACCCUUCAGGUGUCGGGUAA